UGGGAAAGAAGGAGUUUGACUGUAGGAUCAGCUCCAGCCCUCUGACUCUGAGGAGUAAGAAGACAGAAGCUGAAGUUCUGGGUUGCAGAGUCUCUGUGGUCGACACCCCCGGACUCUUCAGCACUAAGCUGACUGCAAAGGAGUUGAAAGCAGAGCUAUUAGAAGCAGUCAGGCUGAGCUCUCCAGGUCCUCAUGUCUUCCUCUUCGUCAUCCAGCUCGGAAGAUUCGCCAAACAAGAACAGGAAGGGCUGAAAACUCUGCAGAAGAUACUGAGUCCUGAUGUCUCCAAACACACCAUGCUGCUGUUCACCUACGGAGACCGACUGGAAGAUACCGACAUGGAGCAGUUCAUCAGAGAGGAGGAGAACCUGCAGGAGCUGCUGAGGAGCUGCAGCCCUGUGUACCAUGUGUUCAACAACAAAAAAAUCGGAGACAGGAGUCAGGAUCAGGUGAAGCAGCUGCUGGACAAGAUAGACUCCAUCUCAGAGGGAGGACACCGAUACUAUCAGAGACAGUCUCUGUCGGGGUGGUCUGUCAGGAGUCUAAAGCUUUUCAGCACUCUCCAGCAUUAUAAAAUUCAUAUAAUCGGAGGUAUUAUUGUGUUUUUCCUGUGUUACACAUGUCGUGGAAAAAUUCACAAAGGUCGUUAUUUCCUAUGUAGACGCCUGAUACCUGAGUUUUUGGUUAGAACUCCUUGGGUGAAGCAGGUCUUUGUUGAGCCUUAAUGAAAUAUAAAGUGCAGGAAAGCCAUCUUCCUGAUAUGAAGAUGCAGGGUCUCAUGAAGUUAACACCAUGUGCUGGAUCUUGAAUCACAGACAUCAUCCUUCUGUAAAGAUCACAGACAAGUUUCAAUAAAGUUUCUCCUCAGAGAGUGAGAGAGGUCUUUCAGGAGUUCCAUGCUUGGAUAUUAUUGUCUCUUGAAAAUAAUAAAUGAAGCUGUUUUUAAUUUUGCUAUAUACACAAUAUAAUGUGCUCAUAAUUGAAUUGGCGUUCCGUGUUUGAGGGUCAAAAGCUUCGCCCACUGCUAUGUCUGGACGUGAAAUAUUGGGGGUUGACAUAGCCAGCGCAGAGGGUUUUGCUGCAUGAUUACACAUCACACUUGAUAAUGGUUAUAAGGAUAUUCUUUGGACUAAAGAGAGUCUGAACAAAAUGUCCUGAAGUAGAAUAGAUAGAUAGAAUAGAUAUAGAAUCAGUAGUGGGAUAAUAUUAAAAUGAUCAAGGCUAGGCAAGGAAGUGUGGUUUGCGCCUGUCUUUCUGAUUCUAAACGAAACGGAGCAGAUAGGAGGUCGACAGGAUUGAGCAGAUGUGGACGGAGAGGUCGAAUGGAGACAUCAGGAUGGGUUCCAGAAGAAGACAGACAUAAUAAUCAUUCGUUAUUGUAGCAGUAUAAAAACUGUAUGUCCCAAUGAGAGUCAUCCUUGGUGUGGCUGUGACCAGUGCUGUAACUUGUAAUUUUAACUGGUGAAGCAAAUUAAAUCUUUUUAAACGACAGCUAUUUCUCCUGAAUUCCUUCUGAGAAAAUUUGAACACGACAAAUUGGUGACCAUACGUGUUUAUUUUGGUUCAAAUUGAGAAGAAGAGAAUUGGGAAGGCUCCUGAUGGAGUUGCUGUCAGAUUCAAGAAAUAGAGACAACUGAUUCUGGUCACUCUCACAGAAGGCCUUCAAAAUAAAGGUAAGCAGAUCAUGUUGUUAUUACUGAAAUCUGCAAAAUUGGACAUAAACCAAAUAUAACUGUGAGCGGUGAGCAGUGUAUUUUAAUAACAGGCCAGCUUUGACUCACAAACCAAUUGCUUAGCCAGACUGGAGCUGUGCAGAACAGGAAGUCUUUUGGAGAGCUGCAGAGGCAGUAUAUUAAGAACAGGAAACAGAUGCAGACAGAAAAAGUGGAACUAAGCAACACACACAAACAGAUCAAGUAAUGCCAGAGGUAAAGAAGUUGUUUUGAUCGAAACUGUGUGUGACAUAUGACGAACUGAAUUAUACACAUUUGGGUUCUAUUGCUUCAGAACAUCUGCAAGUGGCUUAGCGCUGUGCACAUCUCUCUUCCGGAAGAUGAGUGAAUAAAAUGAUUCGAAAUAUUUAAACCAACUGAGUCGCGUCUUCUCUGUCCAGUUAAGAGAAUAAAAGAACCGGAUUUGAUACUCAAAACAAGAGUAGAGUUAUUGGAAAAGUUCAUAGGUCAAAGAUCGGAUUACAGGUUGUAAUUAUUGGUUAGAUUAGAUUAGAUGAAACUUUAUUAAUCCCUCGGGUGGGUUCCUCCGGAAAAUUCAGUUAAACAAUGAAAUAAAUCAAAAGUAUGCGUUAAAGAGAAAUUAUACCAGUUUAAGUUAGGUCAAAGGUGAAGUUUUAAAUCUUUUGAUAAUGGGUUAAACUAGAUAAAAUAAAGGUGAAGAACAAGAUUAAAUACGUUGCAAACCGCAAUGAGGUCUUGAUCAAACCUUAAAAAAACAAAACAGUACAUGGACAACAAAAACAGUACACAAUUAAUAGAUUUGCUGGUGUUUAAAAUGUUUUUGGUGUGUUUUCUGAGUUCAGACUGAAAGAGAUUAUGUAAUCCAAUAUUAUUAGUUAUUUUACUAGGUAUUUGUAUUCUUGUACAGCACUUUGGUCAACAUUCUUGUUGUAAUUAAAUGUGCUGUAUAAAGAA